AUGACUCAAAGCAAAGAGCAACAAGCAACAAAAACGAUUCAUGAUGCUAUUCGUGCAAAUAAUGUUAAAGAACUUGAAUUAGCCGUUGGACAUGGCGCAAGUGUUAAUGACAUUGAUGCACAUUGUGAUGAUAGAUUUACACCAUUACAUUGGGCAGCUCAUUCAGGAAGUCUUGAGUGUAUGCAUUGGCUUUUAUGGCAAUCAGCUGAUAUGGAUGCACAAACACCAAAAGGAUGGACACCAGCUCAUAUUGCUUCAAUUCGAGGACAUGAUGCAUGUGUGCAAGCUCUGAUUAAUAAUAAUGUUAAUGUAAAUGCACGUGAUCGUCGAAAUCAAACAUGUCUUCAUAUGGCUUGUGCACAUGGAAAUUCCUUUGUUGUACAUACUCUUUUACGUGGAGGAGCUGACAUCAGUCAUCAAGAUGUUAAUGGAUGGACACCAGUUUAUACUGCAGCUUAUCAUGGAAGACUUGGAUGUUUACAAAUGUUAGUUAAAUGGGGUGGAAAAUUAGAUGAUGUUGAUAAUGAAGGCAACACAGCAGCUCAUCUUGCUGCCAUGGAAGGUCAUUUACCAUGUUUAAAAUUUAUUGUAUCAGUUAGUCGAGAUACAGCAGCAAUAUUAGGAGCUCGUAAUGAUCAAGGUGAUACACCAAAAUCUUUAGCUGAACAAUUUUAUAAAGAAAAUUGUUGUACAUAUCUUGAUGCACUUGAAUGGGAAAAAGAUCAUCCUGAACAAGCCGAAAAUCUUGCUUUUCCAGCACAUGUUGCUGCAUAUAAUGGAGAUUUUGAACAUGUUAAAUUAUUAGUUGAACAAGGUGUUGUUAAUAUAAACGAACGUGAUGAACGUGGUGCAACAUUAGCACAUAAAGCAGCUGGUCAAGGACAUAUUGAUAUAUUACGAUGGUUAAUUGAAAUGGGUGCAUCAAUGGAUUUAACAACACAAAGUGGUGAAACACCAAAAGAUGUAGCAAGACGUUUUGGUCAAUUAGGUUGUUUGAAAUUAAUUGGUGGAGAAGUUGAUAAAAUUGAAACAAAUACAAAUCAAUAUCCUCCUCCUCAUCAUCAUCAUCAAAAUGAAUCUAAUCGACGAAAAUUAACACCAAAAGAAGAAGAACUUGGACGUGCAAAACAAAAAUAUGAUGAAUUACAAAAACAAUUUGAAAUAGCAAAAAAAAAUUUUCGUCAAUUAGGUGGACAAUUUGAAGAAGAUCAUAAACGAGAUAUAGUUGAACAUGAAUCACAAAAAAAAAUUGAUGAAUUUGAAGCUCAAAUAGAAUUUGAAAGAAUAAAACGAGAAAAACUUGAAUCAGAAUUAGAUGAAUGUCGACAUGAAAUUGCUCGUUUAAUUAAUACAUUACGAUCAUUUGAAGAGAAACGAUUACAUACACGUCAUCGACCACCAUCAAGUGAUAAUCGUCAACAUAAACAUAAAAAACCAUCAUCAGCUUCAAGCAAACAAUCACGACGAAUAGAAAAAGAAACAGGAAUGCCAUUUAUGCGUAGAAAUUCUGAUGGUUCAUGUAAUGUUUUACAACAUUAUGCAGCUAUGGGUCUUGAUGAUAUAGGUGCAGCAUCAGUAAAUCUUAAACCUAGUGAUUUACCACAAGAUGUUUAUAGUGUUGUCGUUGAUCAAGUUGAACAAGAACGUAAACAAGAUGCUGCUAAUGGUUUACCAAUAGCGAAAAUUCUUGAAGGUUUUAUUAAACGUAAAGUUAUUAAACAAACUAUAAUGACAACAAAUUAUGGUGUUACAUUAUUUGGUGCUAGACAACAAAUAGGUAGACAAUUACGUGAUAUUGAUGAAUUUCCAAGAGAACAUAUUUCUGAAGCAAGUAGUUAUUUAGCACAAAAAACAUUUAUUAGUUUACGAGAAUUAUUUCGAGAAACAAGAAAAAUUCAGGAUUGGUUUACUGAUUGUGCAAGAUUAAUUUCACGUGUACGUGAUUCAGCUGUAGAAUGGAAUACACCAUUGAAUUUACCAGUUGUACAACCAUAUUAUAGAGAAAUUCGAAUGCGACAUAAAGGCAAAGAUAUUUAUGAUAAUUUUAGCAGUUUCGCUCGUCCAAAUAAUAACAAACAAAAGAAUGCAUUUCCACCGAAUUUUGUUCAUUCACUUGAUUCAACACAUAUGAUGAUGACAGCAUUACAAUGUGCACGUAACGGUAUUACAUUCGUAUCAGUUCAUGAUUCAUUUUGGACACAUGCAUGUGAUGUUGAUCGACUUAGUCAAUAUUGUCGAGAACAAUUUGUUUCAUUACAUAAAGAACCACUACUUGAAAUACUUUCACGAGAUCUACUUUCAAAAUAUGAAUUUAAAUCCAGUGAAUAUGCUCGUGCUGAUGAUAAACAAAAACAAACAAUGAAACUAUUCAAUGACACACUUCAACGUGUACCUGAACGUGGUACAUUUCAAUUAGAAAGUGUACUGGAUUCAAGAUAUUUUUUCAGCUAA